UCGCACUUCUGGGGGAUCAUCCAAGCUGACGUUGACCACAGCUGGAACGAAGUCUGACUCACAUGAAACGACCAGACCAAGCAGGAGCAAUGUUGACAACAUCGUGCCCUUUUCGCGGAUAUGGCAGUAGCCUAGGAACUUGUGGUAGCGCCUAGUGUAUUUCCGAGUGUCAAGAUGAAGAUAGCCGUGCUUGGAGCCACUGGACAGACGGGACAAUAUCUGGUGAACCAAGCUCUUCAGCAGGGACACUCUGUCACUGCCAUUGUCAGGAACCCAGGGAAAUUGACAGUGCAACAUGAGAAAUUAAAGGUGGUUGAGGGCAAUAUCUUCUCAGAAGCCAGCCUAAAACCUCACUUCCAAGGACAAGAUGCAGUUAUAUCCUGCCUGGGGUUUCCUGCAUCCUUUCUCUCCGGAGUCACUGGAUACACCUUGUCUAUGAGGGCCGCAGUAAAUGCCAUGAGAGAGGCCAAAGUGAACCGCAUUAUCACCAUGACUUCAUGGUACACUGACCCUAACUCUGGCACACAAUCAUCUUACCUCAUCCGCUUCCUACUGCUGCCAAUGAUCCGAAGUGUCCUUAGCAAUAUGUUUGAGAUGGAGCACUUUCUGAAGAAGACACAGGAUGUUAACUGGACAAUUGUCAGGCCGCCGGGUCUCAAGAAUUUACCUGCCACAGGUAAAGAGUUCCUUACCCACGAGGGCUACUUUGUUCCUGACUCCAAUGGCGUGCCUGUAGGAAGUGCUGUAGGAAGGGGUGAUGUGGCUCGUUUCAUGCUCUUCCUCCUCAACACCAAUGUCUGGUUCAACAAAGCGGUUGCCAUCACAACCAAAAAUGAAUGAAAUGCUAUCAAUGUUCUGUUUGCGUCAGCCUUUAAUUGUAAUAUUGUUUACCAUCUUGUGCUAUUUUCAUUGUGAACAUUUUAUUAAAUGUAUUUCUGCUGGUUUGAGCAAAA